AUGCAUCCGAGUCGGUUGCCAUCCUUUUGCUGUGUUUUGGUUUCCUUGGCCUGCCAAGCAGUGCCGAAGACCUUCAGCUGCCCGGCAAGACGCGGCAGAGGCGAAGCGUGCCAAGGAUCCGUGAAUGUGGUGCCGGAGCCACGCUUGUUUGCCAGCGAACCCCAUCCCAGGUGGUUCGGGAAUCCAGGAAAUCCUUUGCCUGGAACUUUUGAAUCCAAAGGGUGGUCAAAUCAAAACUGGUUGAAGUCAAGGUUCCAUUUCAGGUUUGCGGAGUACAGCCAUGGCCCAGGCCAAUUCGGUGUGCUGAAGGUCAUGAAUGAUGACUUGGUACAACCGCGUCGCGGGUUUGGAGCCCACCCACAUCGGGACAUGGAAAUCGUGACCUUUGUUGUGCAGGGUUCCCUGACCCACCAGGAUUCCACAGGAAUAGAGGAGACCAUUGGACGUGGCGGCAUUCAAUACAUGACAGCUGGGACUGGAGUUGUGCAUUCGGAGCGCAACUUGCAGGAUCACCCGCUGCGUUUCAUUCAAAGCUGGAUUGUGCCACGGGAACGAGGACAACGUCCAAAUUAUGGUUCCAUGCAUGGAGGUGCUACGGCAAACAAGAGCAGGUUGAAUACAUGGUUCCAUGCAGCAUCCGAUGUUGCCAGACCACAGCCGACGCCAGUGAAGCUCAACCAGGACUGCAAUGUGUAUGUCAUCGAGCUGUCACGAAGCAAAAUUGGACCUCCUCUCACCAUCGAGCUUGGCCGACAAGCGUAUUUGUUGUGCGUUGAAGGGGAUGUACUGUUGGCGGAUGGUGACGGGCAGAGGCAUAGCCUUCACCAACACGAUGGGGCAGAGCUGAAAGGGCCGCUGCUGGUAGAACCUUCUGCAGGUGCAGAAGGAUCCCUUGUGCUUGUAUUUGAGAUGCAGAUCUCAGAAGAUACUCGGGGUGAGUUUUGA